UGGAGGAGAGAGCAGUGAGUCAUUUGGUACUCAUCAUCACAUGAAGAGACUUGGAGCACCUGAAGUCGGGCGUUGAUUCCUGCAGAUGUGAGGGGCUCUCCGUGAUGAGCGCACUUGGCUUCCCCCCUCACCGUCUCCCGGUGCGAGUCAGCAGUCACCACCGCUUCCUAACGCGGCUCCGCCGAGAUGUGAGAAUCAAACUCAAAGUUGGGAACUGUUGCUGUAUCCUGCGUGCUGUGUUCAAGUUGAAAUUGCCCCCUGCAUUCAACGGGAGGAACCUGGAUGCUGCCUACUACUCACCUACCAUCGAACGCAGAAAAGUGGUUUCUCGCUCCAAUUUUUAAGAAAAUGGACUUGAAUUUUGUGCCAAAACUGCAGUUUUGUCUUUGUCCAUUGUGUAUCCCAUCUAUAAAGCAACAGUGAUUUUGUACCAGCUGCAUAAUAACAGUUAGUUUUAAAACAUUUUCGAGAUGGAUUUCCUUUCAACACAGUAGGUUUUGUCUGCAUAUAUUAUACUUCUCUGUCAGUGUUUCUGCAUGCAUCCUGUAGUUUUAUUUUUUAUGAUGCAUCGCCAACGUAAUGGCUCAUUUGCCAGAGUCAUCAUCAUUCAAAUUAUGUUUUGACAAGACAGACUUAAUGUGAUCAUUACUCUAAUGGCUUUUAUGAGAACGCCCUGAUGUCCCUCUUCUGUUGUAGUGAACUUAAAUAGGUGCGUGUUUCAGUCUACCUUUGCUGCACAGGACAGUGCCGAGCAUCAGCAUAGAACUGGAACAGAUGGUUGCUGCGCUGGACAACAUGACCCCAGCUCCUCUGACACAGAACUGCUCCAACUGCAGCCAGGCUUUACCCCCAGAGUUCAACGUGGUCAAGGCUGUGGUUUUGGGCUUGGUGCUUGGUGUCUUUAUUGUGUUUGGAGUUGUGGGAAACAUCCUGGUAAUCCUCUCAGUAGUUUGUCAUCGACAUCUGCGGACAGUGACACAUUAUUUUAUAGUUAAUCUGGCAGUGGCAGAUUUACUGCUGAGCUCCACUGUACUACCCUUCUCUGCCAUUCUAGAGAUCCUGGAUCGUUGGGUGUUUGGACGGGUUUUUUGUAAUGUUUGGGCAGCUGUGGACGUGCUCUGCUGCACUGCGUCCAUCAUGAGCCUCUGUGUGAUCUCUGUGGACCGGUACAUUGGAGUCAGUUAUCCUCUGCGUUACCCAGCUAUAAUGACAAAACGCAGGGCUCUGCUGGCAGUGAUGCUGCUGUGGGUGCUGUCUAUCAUCAUAUCUAUUGGACCUUUGUUUGGCUGGAAAGAGCCGGCUCCGCUGGACGAGUCCGUCUGCAAAAUAACAGAGGAGCCGGGCUACGCUAUCUUCUCUGCUGUGGGCUCCUUCUACCUGCCUCUGGCCAUCAUACUGGCCAUGUACUGUCGAGUUUAUGUGGUAGCUCACAGAGAGAGCCAGGGUCUGAGGGAGGGCCAAAAGACAGAGAAGUCAGAUUCAGAGCAGGUGAUACUCAGGAUACACAGAGGCAACACAACUGUAUCAGAGGAUGAGGCCCUUCGCAGCCGCACACAUUUUGCUCUUCGACUGCUUAAGUUCUCACGUGAGAAGAAAGCCGCCAAGACCUUGGGCAUUGUGGUUGGCUGCUUCGUGUUGUGCUGGCUCCCUUUUUUCCUGGUGCUACCCAUCAGCUCGAUAUUCCCUUUAUACAGACCCUCUGACACUGUGUUCAAGAUCACCUUCUGGCUCGGUUACUUCAACAGCUGCAUCAACCCCAUCAUCUACCCGUGCUCCAACCAGGAGUUUAAGAAAGCUUUCCAGAGUUUACUUGGAGUUCACUGUUUGAGAAAGACUCCCAGACCACACCAUCACCACCUGAGUGCAGGUCAGAGUCAAACACAAGGUCACAGUCAGCCUCUCGCUCUGAAUCUGGAGGCUCCUUGCCGGCUAAGUCCCUCCUCGUCUAUGGCCCUGUCCAGAACACCCUCGUCCAGGGACAGCAGGGAGUGGAAGGUCUUUUCUGGAAGCCCUGAAAGCAGAUCUGGACCGGCCGAGACGAGCAGGGCUAAAGUAGCCAAACUCUGCAGUAAAGGCUUCCACCAAACCUGCUGCUGCUUCCUCAGUGGGGGGACUCCCCCACAGGAGUCAAACUGCACCCAACCCCCUCCUGACGGUAACCUUCCCACCAUUAGAAUCCACCAACUGUCCCUGUCGGAAAAAGGAGAGCCUGUAUAACCACUGUAAUCCUUCAUCCAUUAGUCAUGACUCGCCCUUCAAGGUCACAGACGAGAAGAUAUUUCCUUUUGCUCCAUUAACAUCAUAAAGGAUGAACUGUGCUGGAAUGGCUGCUAUGACAUUUAAAUUUGAAAUAUCUCUGCUUUGAUAUCAUGCUGUGAUUUUUCCUGGAUGUAUGAUCGUCAAAAUCUUCCAAAGAAAUAUCACAAGCACUAUAUGUUAUCCCUUUUAAGAAGAUAUAUUGUAUGUUACCCCUUUAACAAAACAGCUUAUUGGCUUUCUAAAAACAAGCUACUGCAAAAUACAAAAUACAGCGUCAGCAUAUCACUGACAUUAUUAUAUCUUUUUUUUUAUCACAAAAAUCUAUUAAAUCAAAUUUUGUUUAAGUGUUGAAAACAACCCUGUAAGUACUCCUCUGAGGUGGUGCAAAUGAAAAGAUCCGUAUAGUGGAAAAGCUGUGAAAUGAUUUCCUUUAAAGGACCAAAAGAUUUCGAGAUGUUUACAUAUUUUAUAUUACAAUAGAAGAAUUCAAAUGUAUAAAAAUGUAAAUAGGAAAGUUUUAUAUAUUGCAUGAUUUCACCAAAUGUUUCAGAAAUGCUGGUCAGUGGUGCUCCCGUCGUCUCCAGAGUUUGCCUAAUGUUGUUCCUGUUGUCAAAAUGUUGUUUGUGUACUUCUCUGUACACAGUAAAAAAAAACCAAGGGACCUUGCGUACUUCCAUGUCACAUUACAAUAAAUUUGUAUGACAUAUUCCUAACAAGGGA